AGCUUGCAUGGAUCUCAUUGUCUUAUGUUGAUACAAACCUGAGGAAUUGAAAACUUGUGCUCUUCUGUCGUUGAUACUUUUCUGCCGGCUUCAGGAUGAUGAAGUUUAGGUUCAGAAGGCAGGGAAAUGACCCUCAGAGGGAGAAACUCAAGCAGGAUCUUUUUGCAUUUAAUAAGACUGUUGAACAUGGAUUUCCCAAUCAGCCUAGUGCCCUGGCAUACGACCCUAAACUGCGACUUAUGGCUAUUGGAACCAAAUCUGGAGCAGUCAAAGUUUAUGGAGCCCCUGGGGUGGAAUUUACAGGACUGCACAAAGACACAGCCACCGUCACACAGAUGCAUUUCCUGCCGGGGCAGGGGCGCCUGCUCUCCCUGCUGGAUGACAACACGCUCCACCUGUGGGAGAUUAACCUGGGAGAAGGCUGCUCACACUUGGAGGAGAUCUGCAGCUUCACCUUGCCUGGGAGGCCGGGCAUCGAGAGCACCAGUGCCACCCGUGUGACGGUACUUUUGCUGAAGACGAGCUGUGACCUGCUGUGUCUGGGCACGGAGGGUGGGGGAGUCCACUUCCUGGAGCUGCCCAGCUUGAGUCUCCUGGAUGCCCGGUCUCUGUUCCAGGAUGAGAUCAUGCAGAGCCUCCCAGAGGACUAUAAGUGUGGGAAAUCCCUGGGACCGGUGGAGUCCCUACAGGAACACCCACAGUGCCCCGACAAAAUUCUCAUCGGCUACAGCAGAGGUCUGGUGGUGUUAUGGGACCAGAGCACCCGGCAGGUGGACAACCUCUUCUUAGGGAACCAGCAACUAGAAAGCCUGGCAUGGGAGCGCAGUGGCAAGACCUUCGUUAGUUCCCACAGUGACGGGGGCUACAUGGUGUGGGCUGUUAACAGCAGCAACCCCCGCACACAGCAACCAGUGUCAUCCAUCAUUCCAUACGGCCCCUUCCCCUGCAAAGCCAUUAACAAGAUCCUGUGGAGGACGACAGAACUGGGAGCCCCCUUCGUGCUGUUCAGCGGAGGCAUGCCUAGGGCCAGCUAUGGAGACAGGCACUGUGUGACAGUACUGCAGGAAAACACACAGGUCACCCUGGACUUCACCUCCCGCGUCAUCGACUUCUUCACCAUCUACAACACAGACAGCGAAAAGGAGUUUGACGACCCCACUGCCUUGGUGGUCCUGCUAGAAGAAGAGCUGGUUGUGAUUGACCUCCUGACCACUGGGUGGCCCACCAUUCCCUCUCCAUACCUCGCUCCACUGCACUCCUCUGCCAUCACCUGCUCUUGCCACAUCUCCAAUGUGCCAACCAAGUUGUGGGAGAGGGUGAUUAGUGCUGGACAGUACCAGAGUCCACCACAGACACACAUGAAGUGGCCAAUCAAUGGGGGAAAGAAUCUGGCGCCUGAUCCAAAGCACAACGGAUUGCUACUAACAGGACAUGAGGAUGGAACAGUUCGCUUCUGGGAUGCAUCAGGGGUGUCCCUCAAGCCUCUAUACAAACUGAGCACCGCCAACAUCUUCCAGACAGACUGUGACCACAAUGACAGUCUGGGACAAGCGGGGGAGGAGGAGUGGCCUCCCUUCAGGAAGGUGGGAUGUUUUGAUCCGUAUAGUGAUGACCCAAGGUUGGGAAUACAGAAGAUUUCACUGUGUAAAUAUAGUGGGAAGCUAGUGGUAGCAGGGACUGCAGGCCAGGUCCUAGUGAUGGAUCUUAGCGAGGAGAAAUCAGAACACAUGAUCAAUGUGGCUACUGUGGACCUCCUUCAAGACAGGGAGGGAUUUACCUGGAAGGGUCAUGACCGCCUGGCCCCUAAAAAUGGACCAAUCAGCUUUGCCCCCGGCUUCCACCCCAUUAUGCUGGUGCAGUGCAUGCCCCCAGCAGCUGUUACCGCGGUAACGCUGCACGCUGAAUGGAACCUCAUUGCAUUUGGGACCAGUCACGGCUUUGGCCUGUUUGACUACCACCGCCGCAGUCCCGUCCUGGCAAGAUGUACACUGCACCCCAACGACUCACUAGCCAUGGAGGGGCCCCUGUCCCGGGUCAAGUCACUGAAGAAGUCCCUACGCCAGUCCUUCAGACGAAUCCGCAAGAGCAGAGUCUCCGGGAAGAAGCGAGUGGUGGUCAGCAGUCCAGCCAGCAAGGUACAGGAGGCCAAUGCCCAGCUGGCUGAGCAGGCGGGGCCUCACGAUGUGGAGAUGGCGCCGGUGCAGAGGAGGAUAGAGCCCCGUUCUGCCGACGACUCGCUCUCCGGGGUGGUGCGCUGCCUGUGUUUCGCCGAUACAUACCUUAGAGACGGGUCGCACCACGGGCCCACCAUGUGGGCGGGCACCAACUCGGGCUCGGUGUAUGCCUACGCCCUGGAGGUGCCGUCGCAGGAGAAGUUCUCGGAGCAGAGCGUGGAGGCCGUGCUGGGGAAGGAGAUCCAGCUGAUGCACCGGGCGCCGGUGGUGUCCAUCGCCGUGCUGGACGGCCGGGGGAACCCUCUGCCCGAGCCCUACGAGGUGUCGCGGGACCUGGCCAAGGCCCCCGACAUGCAGGGCAGCCACUCGGUCCUCAUCGCCUCCGAGGAGCAGUUUAAGGUGUUCACGCUACCCAAGGUCAGCGCCAAGACCAAGUUCAAGCUGACGGCCCACGAAGGCUGCCGGGUGCGCAAGGUGGCGCUGGCAAACUUCGGCAGCGUGUCGGCCGAGGAGUACAGCGAGAACGGCCUGGUGUGCCUCACCAACCUGGGCGACAUCCACGUGUUCAGCGUGCCAGGGCUGCGGCCGCAGGUGCGAUACGACUGCAUCCGCAAGGAGGACAUCAGCGGGAUCGCCUCCUGCGUUUUCACCAAAACAGGACAGGGGUUUUACCUGAUCUCGCCGUCGGAGUUUGAGCGUUUCUCCCUGUCCGCACGGGUCAUCACAGAGCCGCUUUGCACCGUGGAUGUGGACCGGCCUCACCACAUUGCCAUCAGCAACACAACUGCCUCCAUUCAGGCCAAUGGGACCCACAAAGUGCAGCCCGCAGGGGAGAGCCGUUCCCUUGGGGAAGCAGAAGGAGUUCUAGAGGACAUCCAGGCUGCUCUGUCCUCCCCUGCUCUGGACUCUCCAAACAGCAGUGCUGACAUCACGCUUGACACUACCGGUGACAUCACUGUUGAGGACGUCAAAGACUUUUUAACGUCUGUGGACGAAGCUGAAAAGAAUCUGAAGAAUAUCGCGGAGGAUGACGGGCGGUCUCCAGGCAUCCUCAUCAACUGAAGAGGUUUCACUGGGUUACUGUUUGAAGAGGACUAGACUGUAUUGGAGUCAGUUUGAUUAUGCCUAAAGGAACUUGACUGAAUAUAUAAAAAACUAAUAAUAGUAAUGAAGCUGGACCAGAUGAACUGUUUUUGAUAGGAUUUUGACAAGCAACGCAAGGACAUGAACCCUUCCUCUGUGCCAAAAGACAGAAAAUGCUGUUUUUUUCCACUCUGCCACUCCACCCCCAUCCACCUCCUGAAGUUAACAUCCAUGUUUAACAAGGAAUGCCUUUGGGGAAAAAAAAGUGAGAGACAGAAAAGAGAUCUGGCAGCCUUAGUUUCAUACCGUGACCUUCAUCUGCUGCUGAUCUGAUCUGAACCUGGUUCCUUUCUAAGCCAGCGUGUGGGAGGGGGAUUCCACUGUGCCACUGUGUGCCAAGCGGCGAAGAUGUUCAAAGCCUGGCACUUCUGCCCCAUCACCCAGACCUUCUGUCACACCAUGGCCAGAUCAGGAUCAGCAAGGUCAACAUCUGGUGAAAGACAGCAUACAUCCUAAAAACUGCCCAUAUUCUUCAUUUGCCACUGAUGAUUGCAUGUCUUUCCUGACAGACAAUGUUUUUUAAGGGUCACCAUUACUUGUUUCAAUAGCUGCCCCCAGGCCCUCUGAUCACCCCCACCUCUCUGUGAGCGUUCAGUUUCUGUCUGCCACCAAGGGCCCUGAGGACGCAGUAGCUGCUAUUCCACAGUGUGAGUAGCAGGAGUGAUGUAGAUGGUGGACUGAACUCCUCUUCCAUUGUUCCUAAGUUAUUUUCUUUUUGUUCCAGCAAUUUUUAAGCUGUAAUGGUUUGUUUAAAACCAAGCAGCCACUGAAAAGUUAUCCCUUUGGACCCUGUGGGUUUGAUCAUCUUUUUUAUGGAUUUAUAACAUCACUCCGGGUGUACUGGCAGGCCUAACAGUUUUUUUUUCUUUUAUGAUUUAAGAUUGGAUAGGUGUGGUGCUUGGUGUUUCUCAGUUGCCAAGAUUACCUUUCUUAAAUAACUUCUCCCUCUUUCUGAUGACACUUGCUUUUGCCCCAUCUUGUUGCCAGUCCACAUUCAAUAUGCGCUUUAUGGUUUCCUUGCUGUGACUUCUCUGUGGUAGAAUCAGUCUAUAACAGUGGUGAACACAGUGG